UGGAACGUUCUAUUGACUUUCACUUCUUGUCAAUGUAAGUUCUUUGUCCACAUUUAACAGCGCGAGGGUCCUGGAAGGACUGAAAAGUACUUCCGCCAUCCUGAGCCAUGGCUGCUGCUGAAAACCGCAAAAAAGCAAUGAGAUUUCUCUCGCAGUUUGGAGCCUUUAUCUUGACUCGAUUCGCGUUCUGGAACUGCUUUUGCAUGCUGAUGCUGUUUGCGGAGCGGGCUGAUGUUAAAAGGAAGCCGGAUAUUCCAGUGCCUUACCUGUACAUUGAUUUGGGAGCUGCAGUGCUGUGUGCCAGCUUUAUGUCAUUUGGGGUGAAGAGAAGAUGGUUUGCGAUGGCUGCUGCCAUUCACUUGGCUCUGAGCACGUAUGUUUCCUAUGUUGGUGGGCAAGUCCAUUAUGGUGAUUGGUUAAAGGUGAGGAUGUACUCCAGAGCAAUGGCCAUUAUUGGAGGGUUUCUGGUGUUGGCCAGUGGAGCAGGAGAGGUUUAUAGACAGAAACCUCGCACACGUUCUCUUCAGUCAACUGGACAGGUCUUCAUUGGGAUCUACUUGAUCUGCAUGUUAUACACGCUACAGCACAGCAAGGAAGACAGGCUGGCCUACCUGGACCACAUUCCCGGUGGAGAGAUCACUAUCCAGUUACUAGUGCUUGUGUUUGGAGUGCUAGCACUUUCCUACCUCUCUGGCUGCUAUGUACGAGUGGCCUCCCAGAUCCUGGCCAUUCUGUUGCCUUUAGUUGUGUUAUUCAUCGACGGCAACGUCGGCUAUUGGCACCACACCCGCCGAGUGGAGUUCUGGAACCAGAUGAAGCUCAUCGGGCAGAAUAUCGGCAUCUUUGGCGCCGUGCUUAUUCUUGCUACAGAUGGAUGAAGGUCUGGGGAUAAAAUAACAUUCUGUACAGGCUCUGCUUGGGACCGAUAACACACUUCAAGAGUUUGUCUCAGGGGAUAUUAAAGAGUUUAUUGCCCACGCAAUGACAGAGAUUAAGUAUGUGUAUGUAAACAUACAGUACAGGAGGAUGCAGUUCUCAGCAUUGUGACUCAUUCGCCUUUGAAAUCUCUCAAAUACGCAAACAUUAAGUCUUUAAAAGACUGUUUACAUUUUGUUUAUGUUUCAUUUUAUGCAUUAUUUAAUUUUUACCUAUCUAAGUCUUAAAAUGUUAUUAAAUGUUAUUUAAAUUGAAUAAUGAAUUGUGCUCAGCUAUGAUGUAAGUUAUAGUGAUGUAUAGGGGAUUUCCCCUAAUGUUGCAGGUAGUUAAAAUAUCAAUUUUUAUUUUGCAUUUAUUCUCCAUUCCUUAUAGAACUUGGAUAAAAGUAUCGCAAUAUUGCUGUCAAUAAAAACAUCAUUGUUUUCUAUGAAA